AUGGAAUCCAUCAAUGUGUUCGACAUCUACAGCACUCAUGAGGCUGCCGCGGCUCCCCCGAGCAAGAAGAAGACCAGCAAGAGACACCACGGUGAGAGCAGCAAAGUGCCUCAGGCGAAGAAGGCGCAAAAUGCAGGCCAUUCAGAGGAUACACCCUCUGCCACCACAACUCCAUCCUCUCCCUACGAGCACCAGAUUCCUCCUGCUCCAGCCGGAUUAACUCCACCUCCCGCGGCCCCGACCGACCGAACUCAGCAGGCCGAUCCUGCUUCAACUGGGGGCGACAUAACUGGUCGCGCCUUUAAAUUGGUCAAGGAGAGGGUCGCUAAGACCGUGAAUCACGAUCGCUGCCGAGAGGCAAUGGCUAUGACGGAGGCAAUGGAUGUUGACCUGAUCCUGAACCGCGCCCUGAACGAGUUCACCAGUGUAAAUCAUCUUUUUUUGCAGAAACAGACCAUGCUGACCCUCACUACCGGCUGCAUCCAGUCGGGUAUUGUCACCGAGCAGGCCAGAACUUUGGAGCAACAGCAUGAGGAUGAACUUAAAGCUGCCGAGAAAAAAUAUGCUAAACAGCUGGCAGUGGUGGUUGAGGAAAAGGCUAAACUGGCUAAGGAGUUGGAGGAGAAGCAGAGGUCUCUGGACAAAGUUCGUGAGCAGAGGGAACAAUUUAAGGAGUCCAACCGCUUCAACUUUCGCGCGGCCCAACAGCUCAAGGUGGACUUGGUUGCGAGCAGGCAGGAGACUACUACCCUGGAGGGCCGAAUUGAGGAGUUGGAGAAAGCCAACGCCAACAACUUGGAACGGCGCAACGGAAAGGAAAUCAUGGGAGAGUCGAGCGCAGCUUCCACCAAUGGAAAGAAUCAGCGAAGUGGUAGGGACGAGUAUAUGCACCUGAUGUCCACUCCUCAUGAGCAGAUUGAGCAUGUUUCCGGACAAAUAAUGGAAAAAUAUGCAGCGGCAGAAAAGGAAAUGGUAGAUUUGAAGAGUGAUAUAUCGAAACAAGAGUUAAAACAACAGAGACUUGGGCGCAGCAUGAACACUCUGAACAACGUUCUACGAAAGUGA